AUGACACGGUGGUAUGUCAUCUUUGGCUUCUGCACUGUCCACUCUAUCCUUGGCUGCAGCACCACCACAUUCUUCUUCUUCUGUGACACCAGUCUAAGUCUUGGAGGUGGUGAGUCCUGGUUGCAACUCCUUUGUGGAGGAAGAAUGAUGAAGGCAAGACCGUUUGCAAUGUAUGCAGCCUCUACUAUAAGCUUCACAGCUCUGCUUGUCCCAUUAGUAUGAAAUCCGAUAUUAUUCAGAAGCACUCUUGACAUGACACUCGUGCAUAGUGCUCCUCCCUCACCAAGCCCCCAAGCGCAUCUAACACACCUGGCACUCCUUCUGUUAUGGAGGAGACAGUUUCAGAA